AUGUGUGGCGAGACUCCCAACCCCACGGUUAAGGAUCCUGGUCCACAAGAUGUCUUGAAACGUCGUGGAAACCGCAACUUUUGCCAAAGUUGCUACCAAUACUGUUGCUCCCACUCUCCGUAUUGUGACCUCGACUCGAAAGGCAUCAUUGCGAAGAUCGAAGAGGAUCAAGAAGCCUACGAUGCUGACCUCGCGGAAUGGGAAUCAAAUCGCAGGCAAGGAAAGCGGUGCAGGACGAGCGAGAAGUCUGUUGUGGUUGAAGCAGAGACACGAUCGAGUAUUACUACUCGAGUCCUGCUUGGCUAUCUCUGGUCGCAGGGCCUCCUCAAGCGCCACAAACUGGAUUCGCUUUGGGCGAAACAUCCCAAGACAACCGUGGUUCAUUGUGGCAAGCCCGUCACAGGCAUACUCCGUGAAGUGGGUGGCCCAGGUGCUGUGGAAAUCUACAGCGAUUCCCAGACCUCGGCAGUCCGGAAGAACCACAAGUCGGACACCGAUGUCGAGGAGGAUGGUCAGGAUGGAGAGCAAGCCCUGCAGCUCAAGUCCAAACGUGCCAGAUUCGAGGAGGAAGACGACGAUUUCCUGUCCGUUUGGGGGAUUGCCGGAGUUGUGACUGCAGGUGCUAAAGGCAGUCGCGACUCCGAUGAUGAGGCUGAUCAGGAGAAGUCCAAGCCGAAGAAACGUGGGAAGGGCAGUGGUGGAGCUGGGACGUCAUCAUCCUCGAAGAACCCUCGAAAGGGCAAGCAAACGAGUGCAAACCAGGUCCCUGCCCCUGCUACUCCCAGUCUGGAUGAUCUUGCAUCUCAGCCGGACACAAGCCGGGACUUCGGCAUGUCUUCUUCCUGGUUGUUUGGUGGGAAGCCGCGAGGAGCAAAGGGCAAGGGUGGUGGCAAAGGCAAUAAAGAGCUCGACAACACCGAGAAGGUCUUGAACCUCUACGAUGGCAUCUGCAAACAGCUGGAGAACGAGGAUACAUUCAUGUCUUUGACCUUCAAGAAGGUGACAGAUGUGUCGGAGAAGCUGACCAACCGGAGCACGGAAGAGCUCAUGAAGGUUUAUCGGGACCUCAGCCAGUCUGGUUCCGAGACCCAGAGAGCCGUGGAAGUUAUGAGGCGCUUAGCGGCUGCGAACACACGGUCCACCAGCAUUUGCCAGCUCGUCUCUGCCCUUCACGACGGGGAGGCAACGGCAGGCACCCUUCGUGCGAGCAUCGAUGAAGCUCGUGAUGCCGGUGUCAGUUUGCCAAUUAGUGUUGAUAAGAUCGCUUUUGCCCGUGUGAUGUUGGAGAUUUCGGCAUCGGGACAAUGGGAUGAGCUUUUGGAUACUCUCCAAGGGCAGCCUGGACUUGUUCAAGAAUGA